AUGCCCCUCCCCUUCAAUAGGGAUGUGGGCGGAGGCACGAAACCCCCACCUCCCCCUCUCUCACCUUUCCCCCUCCCCCUUGCCUUGCCUCCUCCCCCUGCUGGCACCACCCUCCCACCCAUCUGUGGAGCCAACGACAGCAGAAAAGGGCGAAUGAAGGACAGCGGCAAAGGGCAAACAAAAGACGGCGGCAAGGGACGACCGGAAGGCGAGGGGCAAACAACGACGCAUGGGCGACGAACGACAGAUGGCGGACAACCACAACGAACGACGACGGCGGAUCGGGUACGAACAGGGGCAGCAGGACCAGCGGAUGGCGACAGCGGGCCCAGGACGUCAACCCACCCUCUUGCCUUUGGCUUUGGCUUUGGCCUUGCCCCCCGUUCUCCCUCCCUCACCCCGUGUUUGCCCCACCUGCUGUUUUCCCUCCUCGUCCCGGCCUUCCUCCCUCGCCCGUCACCCCUGGCCUUCGCCUCCUGCUCAGCACCCACCACCACCAGCUCAAGCAUAAGGAGAGCACGAGGAGGGGGAGCACAAGCACCCGAAGAGCCCCCACAAGCACCCGAAGAGCCCCCACAAGCACCCGAAGAGGUCCAACAAGCACCUGAAGGGGCCCAACAAGCAACAAAGGGGGCGAUCGAGCAGAGGAGGGAGCAGAGGGGGCAGAGGGGACCCCGCAAGUAUGCGAGGGGGCAGAUGGGGCCCCAACAAGCACAGGAGGGGGAGGAGGGAGCCCAACGAGGGGCGGAGAAGGCAUAG